AGCAGAUGGCCAGAUCAACACGGAAGGCGAAAACAUAACAUAACAUAACCCCAUCGUUAUUCUCCUCAACUCCUCGUUUAAAAGUAGUGGUGUGGUGGCGACAGGUGAGCGUCGACAGGUGAGCGUCGACAGGUGAGCGACAGACGAGCUACAGGUGAAGAUGUUCCUGCCGAUCAACUGUAGCUGGGUCAGCCCGGAGGUUCCACUAUCUUCAGAGUUUUUCCGCGUGAUCAGGAAUGAGCUGUGGCUGUUCCUCAUCCCAGCCGUUCUGGUGGCCAUUUUGCUGGCCUUGUUUCUGGAGGAGGUGGGCUUCUUCCUACGCCACGUCAAGUCGUCACGGCGACAGCAGCUCUACCUGUGGAUCCUCGGACUCUAUCCCGUGAUCGCGCUGGCGUCCCUCAUAGCCCUGUACAUUCCUCGCUCAUCCUCCCUCUGCAUCUUCAUCUCCUCCCUGUACCACUCCAUCACGCUGCUGAAGUUCAUGGGUCUCAUCACGGACUUCUUCGGGGGCAAGGCCCGUAUGCUGGAGGUCCUGUCUGGGGAGAAGCUGUCUCCUGACCCCUUCCCCUGUUGCUGCUGCUGUUGCCUUCCCCUGGUGGCCAUCACCAGGAGCAGCCUGAACUGGAUGCUGGCGGGGGGGCUGCAGCUGUCGGUGGUGAGGAGCAUCCUGUUCUUCGUCACGCUGGUGCUCUGGACCGACGAGCAGUACGACUACGCAGACGUGGACUCCAUCAACCCAAACCUCAUCGUGAACGCCCUCAUCGGCGUGUCCACCUUCCUCUCCUUCUACGGCCACCUGCUGUUCUACAACGCCACCAGGGGGGCGCUGCGGGGCCACCACGUCGGGGCCAAGUUCGUGUGCAUCAUCGCCGUGCUGGUGCUGUGCGGCCUGCAGGGGGGCAUCCUGGAGACCCUGGUGUCCCUGAAGGUGGUGCCCGGGACCCCGCCCUUCUCCGUGCAGACCCGCUCCCAGCUGAUCUACCACUACGCGGUGAUCGUGGAGAUGUUCUGCAUCGGCCUCUACGCUCGCCACACCUUCCGCCGGCUGGAGCCCAGCGAGGUGGGGGAGGUGGGGGAGGUGGUGGUGGUGGUGGAGGAGGAGGAAGGGGUGGACCCGCACACCAGGGCACUCGAGGCAAGGGACAAGGCGGUCCAGACGGAGGACCCCCCCGUCCCGGCACCUGGCCGGUCGUGGUCCCGAGCGGAGGCGGUCUUGGGAGGAGGCGGGCUCAAUAACCUGGGCUAUCGGAGCGACAGCGAGGAGGACCUGUGCACCAUCGAGCACGCGCCGCUCGACUGCUUCCCCUUCCCCCUGCGCGGCCCGGCCCCCCCCCACAAAGAGGCCGGGCCCCCAGGGACCAACGUUCUGAAUCUGACGAGCGUUUCGGUCGCAGCUCAGAUUAACCACGACGCACCGAACGAUGUGACUGUUGUUUAG